AUGUCUGGUUACUUCCAGCAGUUCUACCUGCAUGCUGUGGCAUCGCAAUCACAUUGGCGGCUGCAGGUAUGCUGUGAGAAAUCAGCCUCCAGAGUCGAUGCCUGCGAGACAGCCUGGGCCUGGGCCUACUUUGGCGACAAUCAAAAUGCCUUCAGUCGUGACUCCGUGGAGUACACACCCUCAAGUCUUCGCGGGCGGAGUGCAGCAGGCAAACAGUACCCAUUCAAAGAGCACUUCAAUGGUGCAGUGGUCCUUGAGACCAUUGAUUUUUCAGUCAGUGAUUUGAGGAAGGACGAUCCCAUUCAACAUGGACUUCUGCAGGUCACUGUCAUGACUGCUCCGCUGCAAACAGUUUGCAAACCAUUGUCCGAAAAACAAGUGCAACAAUUUGCAGAUCGGAUCGGGUACAUGCUGCAAAGUUUGGUGUUCUUCAUAGAGGCUUCGAGCGAGGAGAACGAAUGCUUCCUCAAUUUGUGGGACUUGACGAAGUCUCUGCCAACUUGGUGGUGGGAAGAUGCUUCAGGCAUAUUCAAAUCUUGCUUCCUGACUUUUGCGCGUGGAAUCUCUGACGUCAAUGACCUCAAAAUGAUCGAGGAUUCAUUCAACAUUUUUAAUGACCAGCAGAAGUGGGAAGCAUUAAAUGGGCACAUGUUUCAGGCUGCCGACCGCAUUCACGAUGUCACAGGGUCUAAUAAGAAAGCCCGUUACUAUCGCCAAGCAACCUUCAAUGGCAACAAUUGCGAUUGCCGGGUCAGCUUUGGAGGGGACGACAAGUGGAAAAAAGCCACAUGCCCAAGGGCAGCCAAUGCUCAUCUCCAUGGCCAAAUUUUCGAAAAUUGUCUGAUGAAGAAUAUGAAGAAGAACCAUGAGGACUUGUUUCCACAGGAGACCGCUUUGCCUCAUUGGUUAAAAUCAGGUACGUUCCAUGUAUUAUUCAAUGAAUACAACCACCUGGAGGGAAACUCAAUCGAUUUUCAUGAUGACGCGGGAGAAACCUACAGCUUUCUUGAUCCCAUUUGCUCAUUCACAUUCAAAAGUCCUGGAAUUCUUCUGGUCAAGCGCAAGUCUGAGUCCAAGAAAAGCGAGAAGAAGAAGACUAACGAAGCAUCCAUUCUUCUGCUGUUUCAGAAUCCUGGCGAUUGUGUGGUCAUGUCUGGUUACUUCCAGCAGUUCUACCUGCAUGCUGUUCCUGCCAGAAAUAAAUGGGCUGACAUCCGCGAAAGCAGGCAGUACGAGGGAGUUCCGAUUUGCAGUGAUGACGAGCACUGGACGCAGUUUUGUAAUUUCUUGGACCACUUGCAGAAGGAUUCAGAAUCAGAAUCAGCCAACACGACAUGGGCUUGGCGAUGGAACUGCACUCUCAGGUGGCAUCGCAAUCACAUUGGCGGCUGCAGGUAUGCUGUGAGAAAUCAGCCUCCAGAGUCGAUGCCUGCGAGACAGCCUGGGUUGACAAUCAAAAUGCCUUCAGUGACUCCGUGGAGUACACACCCUCAAGUCUUCGCGGGCGGAGUGCAGCAGGCAGAUUCAAGUAGUUCAACUGUUCGGCCAGGUGCUGUCACUGUCAUUUUGCCUCAGGGCAUGGCUCUAAUGGGUCCAAUUGGUCAGGCUGCCGCCACGUGUGUCAGUGAUUCAGCACUUGUGUCUGAUGAUCGACCGGGCAGAAUGAUUCAAUCCGCCACGUGUGUCCGUGAUUCAGCAUCAGUGUCUGAUGAUCGACCGGCCGGACUGAGUCAAUCUGCCCCGUGUGUCAGUGAUUCAGCAUCAGUGUCUGAUGAUCGACCGGGCGAACUGACUCAAUCAUUAAGGCGGGGGACCAAACGCACACAGGCCAAACCCGAAUCUGCUGAUUCACUGCCAGCAGGCAAAAAAAUAAAAAUGGCAAAAAUUGUGGGCAUGCACGUUGACAGACUGAGUCCAAAGUUAACUGCAGACCUGUUGAAGUGCUGGUCUUUUUUUCCGUCUCCGCAUCUCAGGAAUCACCAGGUAGAAUUUUUGAAAAAAAUGUUGUCAGACAUUUUGGAGACAGAAGCGACGAUCAGGGAGGCAUUGUGUGAGGGGGUUGAUUUGAGCCCACUGUCACUGUCACUGUCACCAGCAGAUCCAAUGCCUUCAGACAAAUGGCUCACAUCCUUGAGCAAAAGCAAAAGUGUGAUUGAUUUGAAACUGUCUCUGUUGACCCAACAGAAACUGCUUGAAGAGUUUCUGAACGAUUAUCAAUGGGUCAAUGCGUGCAUUCAAGGAAGUCAAGUGAACGUGCUGCAAACCAGGAGGCAUUUGCGGAGGUGUCCUGUAAAAGGUCAGGAUUUUGUCAACUGGUUUCAGCAACAGAGAAAUUCUUUUGACACUGGGGCUUUGAAAGAUUCUGGAUGGCUCAAAAUGAAUGCAUUUAUUGAUGACUGCCUGCACGUUGUUCCUUCAGGCAAACAGUACCCAUUCAAAGAGCACUUCAAAGGUGCAGUGGUCCUUGAGACCAUUGAUUUUUCAGUCAGUGAUUUGAGGAAGGACGAUCCCAUUCAACAUGGACUUCUGCAGGUCACUGUCAUUCCUUCUCCGCUGCAAACAGUUUGCAAACAGUUGUCCGACCAACAAGUGGCACAAUUUGCAGACCGGAUUGGGUACAUGCUGCAAAGUUUGGUGUUCUUCAUAGAGGCUUCGAGCGAGGAGAACGAAUGCUUCCUCAAUUUGUGGUCAAGAAGAUUUGCAAUUCAAAUGGAGCCCGAAGAUUUGUUUCUGCUUGAGCAAGGACCCGCAUCUUUCUCACUGACAAUAAUGAUGCUGAUCAAAUCAGAAUCAGAACCACCGCCAGAAACUCUGGUCUUCAAGAAAUGGCGUGAGCAAUUCCAUGUUGUGUACGUAUCAGACAAGCUUUGGACAUCGGACAAAAUGCUGCUUGAAGAGAAGGAGAAGUCCGGUUUCUUGCAACCAGUGCUGACAACACUGGGAAUUGAAUCGUUGAAGAAUGUUGCUUCGUCAUGUUGCUAUGUCCUACAAAGGGACAGUGAAUCAGGAUGGUGGAUCAUGUGGUUGGCAGUGAUGAGCUCCAAAAGUGAAAAGGUCGAACUGACUUUGCUUUUUCCACAGAGCAAAACAAAGGCUGCCUUUUGGACGGAAGGGAUGCACAGCUACGUCCUCUCCGACUGGGAUCUCUGCUUGGGUGAUUCUGAUUCCACUUAUGAUUCAUGGGCCCGCCAUGCCAACAUCAUCACUGAACUCGACAACGUGAAAAAGACUGAAUGA